CAGGAAGCAUCCCUGGUUCAUGUGGCUUUGAUGUAGGGGCUGUAGUAAUUCCAGUUGUGUGAUAAGCUGUGAAGGAAUCAUCUGCUUAUCUGGGCUGCCUCUAGUCCCAGCUCUCACACACACAGAGAUCAGUUCACAGCGGUAGGACAGGCAUUGACUGUACCCCAUCUAGGUACUCUAGGUAUCCUCCAGUGUCUUUCGUUACACUUCAUAAACAGCACACAACAUGAGUAUGGAAGAGAGGCGAGAAGCCCGCAGGAGGCGGAGACAGGAGGAAGCAGCCGAGGGGGGAGAUGCAGAAGAGGAAACAACCAGUCGUCGCAGUCGUCGUAACCGACAAGCUGCCGAUGAGGAUGAGGCUCCACAGGAGGAAUCUAGCGCUCGCUCCCGGAGGCGCAGAGCCCAGCAGGAGGAGGAGGAGGUAGAAGCCCCUGCCCCUUCGGCAGAAGAGGCUGCUGUGGACCCAGAGAAGGAGGCUGCCGACGCGGCUGCCAGAGCCGCAGCAGAGGAGGAAGAACGCAAGCGUAAAGAGAAGGAGGCAGAAGAAGCCGCUGCUCGUGAAGCAGAGGAAGCCGCCGAAGCUGAGCGCAGACGCCAGGAACAGGAAGCUGAGGCCGAGCGCAGACGAGAGCAGGAAGAAGCCCGCAGGAAAGCCGAGGAGGAGCGCCGCCAGAAAGAGGAGGAAGAACGUAAAGUCAGAGAGGAAGCUGAAAGAAAGAGAAAGGUUCUGACGAUAGAUCCUAGUGAUCCAAUGGCUGGCAGGGCACAGGGCAGACUUGUCCAUGCCAGCGUCAGCUUGGACCAGGCCGAUGAAGCAGGGGUAGAUAUGAGGGGCUGGGAACACAGGCGCCAGGAAAGACAAACGGGCGCGCCUCCAGGGGCAGUCAGCUCUGUGGUUCAGAAAUGGUUAAACGCAGAAUCCAGUACGACCAGUUCUACAGCAGGCAUUGCGUCCAGGCGAAGACGCAAUUGGAAUGAAACAGACAUUCAAGAGCCAAUCAGAUCCAGGGCGCAGAGAUGGAACGAAGCUGAGCAGACUCCAGUGCUUCUGAGACCAAGGGCGCGCCGCUCACGCUCGACUCACGAACACGACAACACAGACUUCCGCUCACAGGCCUUGGCGCACUUCCGACAACAGCGUCAACCGGAAGUACAGAUGAUUUUGAACCCGAAACCUGAACCCGAAGAUGAGGUGAUUCCCCAACCUGUUCUAGAACCCGAAAUGAAUGACCGGGAACGCAGGCGAGCAGAACGGCUCAAGAAAUGGCGUGGAGAGGGAGAAGUGGACAAAGCCUCGGCACUGAAGGAGAAAGAGUACAUUGAAAAACGGCGACGUGAGGAGGAAAAGAUUAAUGAGGAGGCUCGCAAGUAUGCUGCUGAAAAAGUACGAGCAGCCAAGGAAAAGUUUGAACGUGAAACUCAAAACCAAACAUCCGACAAACUCAAGGGGCCUCCAGAAAAACUUGGUUUUCUCAAUUCUAACCAAAGCAACUUUAAUAAAUUCAGGCUAGCUGCUGAAGGUCGUUGCGACAUGAAUGGGUCAGAUCAUGGGAAAGAUGAAAAGGAGACUCGUCAAAGGGUGAGUCGUCUAAACACUGAUAGAUUAAAUAUUUAUCAAGACACUGAGAAAUUAGAAGGUGAGGAAAAGACAUCUUCCCUUUUUGAGCGUGACAAAAGUUUAGGGCAAGAACGUUUAAAGCAAAAACGAUUUGAGCAAGAGGAGAAAGAAAGGCUAGAACAAGAACGUCAACAGCAAGAACAUUUGGAACAUUUGAGGAUAGAGGAGGGACAACGGUUGGAACAGGAACGUUUGGAACAUUUGCGGCUAGAGGAGGAAGAAAGUUUGGAACAGGAACAUUUGGAACAACAACAUUUGGAACAUUUGCGGUUAGAGGAAGAAGAAAGAUUGCAACAGGAACAUUUGGAACAACAACAUUUGCAACAUUUGCGGUUAGAGGAAGAAGAAAGAUUAGAACAGGAACAUUUGGAACAAGAAGGAUUGCAACAUUUACGGUUAGAAGAGGAAGAAAGAUUGGAACAAGAGCUUUUACAAGAAAAACGCAUGGAACAAGAGCAGUUGAUGCAGAAACGGCAAAGAAAAAGGAGUGCCGAUGAGGAUAGGCAGCGAAGUGCUGGCAGAACGAGAAGUCAGUGGAAUGAUAGGCAGGGUCAAUCAAAGAUUGAAGACAGUGAUAUUAACACUGGUUUCAUCUCAUCAAACAAGGCUGUGUCGAUAAAUAGUAAAGUUGGUGACAGAAAAGCCAAGUUUGAAUCUCCAAACACACAGGAAGAUAAGAUUGUACAAAAGCCUGAACGACGCAUAUAUGUAUAUGGUGCUCCAAACCUGAAAAGCCUUCAGGAAAAAUUUAGUAAGUCCCAGGCUGAUGAUUCUCUGACGGCACGGGCAAAUCCUGUCAGAUCUGUCUCCAAGACAAAUGAAAUACAUGGAGAACGGAAGCCAUGCUAUGAUGAGAAUAGCAACAAGGUUGGAACCAGGUGGAAGUUAGAUAAUGGAGAAGCCACAAAUCAAGCCUCUGAGCUUAUCAAGAACACAUCGACAUCAUCAUCAUCAUCAUCAUCAUCAAGAUUCGGUAAAACUGAGACACCUUCAGCUGUUGCCACAAAGGUCAGCACAUUCUCCACAACAGUGACAUCAAGGGAAGAUAGCUCUAAACCUUGGGCUGUUCCACUAGCUGGAAGGACAAAGGACAAAAAGACUGUCUUUGAAUCUGAUCAAAGAACAAGCGAGACUUCACGGCAAAAGCCAAUAGAGUUGAGAUUGAACUCUGCAAAUACUGUCAUGCAGAAGUGGAAAGCUCGUGAAGAAAAAAGUGGCAUGGUGGCCGGCUCUACCCCUCAUCCCCUCUCCUCCAGACAGAGAUCACAGAGCGGCUGCACAGACGGAGAUAAUGCACCAUCAGAACGUCGCCUUUCCUCCUCCUCAUCAAUAUCCUCAUCUUCCUCAUCUACGUGGCGAGACAGGGAAGCCCUCAGGUACAAGGAGGAAGAGGAAAAGGAAGAACAGGAGCGGCUAGAACGCGAGCGUAAGAAGGAGGAGGCUGCGAGGCGAAAGGAAGAGGAAGAACGAAAGAAGAAAGGCAAGCGGAAGGGUCUCGGUGGCUUAUCACCGGAGAAGAAGAAACUGCUCAAGAAAUUAAUCAUGCAAAAAGCGGCUGAAGAUCUGAGAAAUGAAGCCAUUAAAAAGGCUGAGGAGAGAGAAAAAUACAUCAAUGAGAGGGUGGAGGCCAUUAACACAGAGGGGCUAAGGCAAGCCCUGGCUGGUGGCCAAAACAUGCCCAAAGCUGAACUGAAUAAAUUAGUGAAGGACCUUCAUCAGAAGGUGGCUAACCUAGAAGAAGAAGUGUACGACUGGGAAGUCAAGAUUCGCAAACAAGACUAUGAGAUCAACGAAUUAACUCUUAAAGUAAAUGAUAUGAAAGGAAAAUUUGUUAAGCCAGUUCUCAGGAAAGUUUCAAAGACGGAGGCCAAAUUAGCCAAGAUAGAAAAGAAGGAAGCUAAAGAUUUCCGUACCAACCUGAAGUCAACAGGCCACAACAAAUACGCUCUGGAAGAAGAAAAAGAGAGCGGAGGCCCUGCUUGGCGAGACAACUUAAAGACAGAAGGAGAAGAAAAGGCCGAGGAGGCUAGUUAGAUGUGAAGAAGAGGGCGCCACCUGCUGUUUAUAUCCCAGUACGACUGACUGGUCUGGCUAAAAUAACUGUCACUGGGCAGUACAGAUAUUUGUGUAGUUAAUUUGUGAAUGUCUUAAUGAAUUUUCCUUCUGUUUCAAAUGGCAAGACUUUUUAUAGAGAAAGAUUUGGUGUGUACAGAUCUCAUUUUAUGACAAACAUGCUAUUUUUAACCACUAUGCCCAUAAUUUCGCUGUACAACUUUCUUUUAGUUUGUUUGUAUUCUUGAGAUCUGACCUCUUAGUUUCUCUCAUAGAGAAAUUAAAAAAAAGAGAAAACAAAAAUCAGAUUGAAUAUUAACUGUAGCUGAGAGGAUUAUGUUUGUGUGUGAAGGCAGUUAAUGGAGGUUGAAUCUGACCAGGGUUAGGACAGGAGUUGUAACAAACCCCUGAACACAUAGGACAGGAGUUGUAACAAACCCCUGAACACAUAGGACAGGAGUUGUAACAAACCCCUGAACACAUAGGACAGGAGUUGUAACAAACCCCUGAACACAUCUGAACUGCUUGGUAGUAGGGAGGGUGACAACAACAACGACAGGCUGAAUGCUACUGAUGAUGUACCUUUGCCUCUGCUCUCUGUUGAUAAUUUCGAGUCCAGGAGUUUUGCUACCCCUGUUGGUGAUGAUGUUACACUGGUAGAGCCGCCCAGCAGACUGGCACAGUAAUCCUUCUGAUAUGCAUGUUUUUGUACAGCCUCCCUCACUCCAUAAUUACUGUAUAAUCUGACAGUAUCACGUUAUCGGCAUGUUACAUAUAAAGUUGUUGUAAAAUUUUGUUUUCACUUUUUCCUGUUUUGCUUUUUUUUAUUAUUAUUACUUUAUUUUUAACGUAGACCAUUUUUCAGUGUAUCCUUGCAGUCUGGGUCAGCGUUAUUGUGUAUAAUAUCAGGCGUUGAGAGGGUGUGCAACCUAGGAUGAAAUAGCUUAACUACUUACCUAGUGUGAAUACAGUACCGUGUAACAUCAGGCUAUAAGCCCAAGCCUAUUCAGCUUAUACUGCAAGUAGUAUUCAUAACAAAGUGGGUAAUUUGUAUAUGGUCUUGCUGAAGCCAAACAGGACGGUUGCUUUUUGUACAAAUCUCAGAUUCUACCACAAAAAAUAGCCCAUCUUUCACGCUGCACACGAUGUAGAUUAUAGCUGAAUAUUGUCAAAUCUGUUGCCAUGGAGACCUGUUUCACUUUCCCUUUCCUGUUCGGUGUGCCGUUACCUUAGCUGCCAGUCGGCACGGUCUCUGAGAGGCCCAGUGUUUCAGAUUCCCAGUCCAAGGCAAUAAAAACUCAUUCCUUUGGCGAACAGAA